AUGAGCGAGGGGGCUGCCGGUGCCGCGGCGCCCGGGGCGGCGGAGGCGGCGGCUGCGGCGGGGGGCCCGGGCGGGGAUGGGGCCGGGGGGCCGCCGCGGGAGCUGCGCUGCAGCGACUGCAUCGUCUGGAACCGGCAGCAGACGUGGCUGUGCGUGGUACCCCUCUUCAUCGGCUUCAUCGGUCUGGGGCUCAGCCUCAUGCUGCUCAAGUGGAUCGUGGUGGGCUCCGUCAAGGAGUACGUCCCCACCGAGCUGAUGGACGCCAAGGGCGUGGGGCAGGACCCCUUCUUCCUCUCCAAGCCCACCGCCCCCCCCCGCGGCGCGGAGACCACCGCCGCCGCCACGCCGCGGCCGCCCAGCCGUGUCAGCCCCCGCCUCACCACCAUGAGCCGCGCUCCGCCGCGGCCCCCCGGCACCCGCGGCCCUGCGCGGGGCGGCCCGCGGCCCACGGCAGCCCGGCACCCCGUGCCGCCGCACACGGCACCGCCCGCCAGCGGCCCCCCCGGCACCGCCGGCCGCGCCGCCCGGCCGCCGCCCGCCGCCCCCAGCACCCCGCCGCUGCCCGCCUGGCCCACUGCGGCACACGCUACCUCCUCCUACAAGAUCUACGUCCACGACUCGGCGCCGUCCUGGACCUUGUCUCCCUUCCAGGAGUCCACCACCACCACGCCGGAGGCCAGCACGACCCCCAAAACCCACACCACGACGUAUUCCACGGAGCGAUCUGAGCACUUUAAGCCAUGCAAAGACAAGGACCUUGCAUAUUGUCUCAACGAAGGGGAAUGCUUUGUGAUCGAAACCCUGACGGGAUCCCACAAACACUGCCGGUGCAAAGAGGGCUACCAAGGAGUCCGCUGUGACCAAUUUUUGCCGAAAACCGACUCAAUCUUGUCAGAUCCAACAGACCAUUUAGGAAUUGAAUUCAUGGAGAGCGAGGAGGUGUACCAGCGCCAGGUGCUGUCCAUCGCCUGCAUCGUCUUUGGCAUCGUCGUGGUGGGCAUGCUGUGUGCAGCCUUCUACUGCAAAGCAAAGAAACAAACAAAGCAAAUUCACGAACAGCUGAAAGAAACGCAGAAUAGGAAAACCUACAGCCUAAAUGCUUCCAGCAUGAUGGCAAAGUCGGAGUGUGUGGCACAAAGCCAAGUCCAGCUGCAAAAUUACUCAAAACCCGAUGGGCACCCGGGGCCCAUUCUGCACAAAGUGAUGGAGUCGAGUUUUUCAGGCGCUCAGUCCUUCCCAGAGGCCUUGUCUCCUGACAGAGGAGCCCAGCCCAUCAAGCACCACAGAAGUCUCUCUUCAUGCUGCAGCCCAGGACAAAAAAGUGGGAUGCUCCAUAGAAAUGCCUUUCGGAGGACUCCUCCUUUGCCUCGGGGUAGGUUCAAUGGAAUUACAGGACCAGCAUAUCAACAGCUUGAAGAGUCGAGGAUCACAGACCAGGACACGAUACCUUGUCACGGGUAUUCAUCCAGUGGUUUAAAAACUCCUCAGAAUACUUCAAUAAAUAUGCAACUGCCUUCAAGAGAGACAACCCCCUAUUUUAAUAGCGUGGAGCAGAAGGACUUGGUCGGCUAUUCCUCCUCGAGGGCCAGCUCCGUUCCCAUCAUCCCGUCUGUGGGCUUGGACGAAGCCUGCAUGCAAAUGCAAAAUGUCCCUGAAGUAACAGGCAUCAAAUGGUGCAAAAACUCCUAUUCUGCUGAACUUGUCAACGUGAGUUCCCCCGUCAGUAAUUGUCUAAUAGCAGAGCAGCGCGAGGUGGAGGUGCUGCUGGAGACUGUGCAGGAGCAGAUGCGGGCGCUGGCGGAGGCGCGGCGGCCGGAGCGUUCGGAGGCGGCCAGCGAGAGCACGGCCUUCCUGCCCGUGAGCCCCAGGGCCAGGCCACAGCCAGGGCCACCGCUUGUCCUCACCAGUGACACACAGAGAGACUCGCUGCUGGCCAAGUGACUCCGUGCGGGGCGGCGGGAGGGGGAACCAGAGCUCUGUGCAUCCGACGCUUUGCUGGACGGGAAGGGAGGAAGUGAAAUACAAAUUAUUUAUAUGCAUUAAUUUAAGAGCAUCUACUUAGAAGAAACCAAAUAGUCAAUCGCCCUCAUAUCAUAGUGUUUUUUAACAAAAUAUUUUUUUAAGGGAAAAGUUCCAGGAGGGAUGAAGCGUGCUUUCAGAUGCUUUCUAGGCAGGAUUACCCAGUUCCAGUUGUGAAGGGUUUUACCAUGGUCCUGUUGGGCUGUCCCAAGGCCUAGGCUAUGCAUCUCAUUUCAGUAAAGGCCAAGUAACCGUUCUUAGAUGCAUUUCUGGUUUCAGGGCAGCACUGCAGUGAGCUGGUGGGCAGGGAUUCAGACCCUGGGGAGCACAUCCUGUGAGCCCAACACAGAUCCAGUCCCCUCUCCACUUCUGCUCUUGAUUCCAGGUCCACAUCACGGAAACAGGCACAGACACCUACUUCUGAGUUCUGGUACCUGCUGUGGAAUGGUGGCAACAUCCCUGAAUUGAGCAGAUGCUUAAUUUUCAACCUUAAUUCAAUGUGUCAGUCACCCCAGGAAAGUCAGGGGAAUCAUUUAUGAGCUUUGGGAUUGGCCAAGAGUGGGAGCAGGAUUGGGGUCUGUAGAGAUUCAGUGGUCAGGAGCCCACAGCUGCUCCAUCUUCUGAGCUUUGCCUAUCAGAGCUGCCUUGCUGGAGAGUGAGGAAAAUCGAGAGAAAAUGUAGGAGUGUGUAUUGCUACAGGUUUGGUUUUGGUUUCUGGUUUGGGUUUUUUUAAGUGGAAACAUAAACUGUUGUUUGUUAGCACCCCUCAACAUUUCUAAACUUUUACACUUUAAAGGCAUUUGUAAGCUCUCAAGGAGCACUUCUCAGUGUAUGUGUAUUUUUUUUUAACUUUUUUUUUUUUAAAUUUCAUUAUGGCUUGUUCAGAGAAGAGUCAGGGGGAUCCAGUACGAUCAAAAUCCAGCCAGUAAGUGUCCACGCUGCCUAAUUUGUUCCUGCAUUCAGUUCUCCACUCACUUUAAUUAAUUGUGGCUUAGGCUUGUGAACUUUAAAGCUCCAACCCUGCAGAUGGUUCAGGAUGGGCAGACCCACAGGCAUGCAGAGAUCUGACUCUAAUGGAGCUUUCUAAGAGCAGAUGGUUUCCACCAAGUCACUCCCUGCAGGGGAUCAAGGCCUUGGAGAGGAUGGAUCAUUUCCUGGUUGCUGUAUCCUAAUCACAUUUUAAGCCCUUUUUGCAUUAGCUUUAUUUUGAGUCCCUCUUCCCCCCAUAAUCUGUAACAAGAUGUGCCAAUUUUGCAGUGAAUUGGGUCCAGUGACACACCUUACUGGGUUUAUUAGUGUUAAAAUAUCUGCUUAUUCUCGGGGGGAAAAAGUCAACUACAAUAAAUAAUUGCCAAAUAGCCUUCCCUGGUUAGUGCCAGGAGAUUGAUUUAAAAAAAUUGGAGUAUAUACAGAAUGUAUUAAAAAUAUUCCUUUGAAACAAAAUAAUUGUUAGAUUCAUUAAUGUGCCCCAGACUUUCUAGUUCACAAGUCUCAAGACUUCCCAAGAUAGCACAAUCAAUCACACAGUGCUGUUGUAUGUUGAGUCAGAAUAAAGCAAUAUCUUAACCACUGUCAAGUAAAUUUGGAAAAGAAAUGCUGAAGGUGUAUGUCAUUUUUUUUUUUUUUGUUAAGGCGGUAAAAAUAAUUAUUAUUGACAGUCUUCAUUCAGCAAGUCGUAUUUUGGGUUGCUGUUGUGGUUUUGGGGGUUCUUUAAAGAUAAAGUUAAUGGAAUUGUCCUGUUUACAGAAUUUUCUGUGGCUGCAAUCUUUGCUGUGUGUUUUCAACAGAAAUGUAUUUGAGGGCAAGCUGUUGUUUUAUGCCCCAGGAUGGAGCAGGAGCUGUUCAGGCUCCCUUCUGCACAGACACAGACCUUUUGCCGUAGCAGUGAGGUGGGAACCCCAUGGGCUGUGGGCUCACCCUGACAUUUUCCUGUCCUGUGUGGGCACAUCUCCACGUGUAUGAGCUGAGCUGGCUGUGGUGGGCACGGCCCCACACCAGAUGAACCCUCUGAAAGGCAGGGUGCAUUGGGUGGGGCUCAGCUCUGCACCCCUACAAUCAUUUGGCUUUUCUGUCAGCACCAUUUGCAUUCCCCAUCUCAGGACAUGAGCAAAGGGAGCUUGCCUCUGCCCGUAAGCCCUGUGAACAUACCCGAAUUUUCAUAUUAUAUGAAAAUUGGGUACUGCAUAAAGCUCUGGUUCAACAAUUUUGAAAUGGUGAUCACAAUUAAUGAAUUGUUCGCCAUUAAUUUAAUCAAGAUGGUCUCUCUGCAAUACAGUGCAGAAUCCUGCCCAAACUGAUGCUUAAAAAUUAAAUCUUUUCAACUCAGAAUCAAGAUCUUCCCUCCCCCAAGCUCUGCAAAUUCACCUCUGGCAACAUGAUGGGAACACACAGCAAGAUUUCAGUUGAAGAAAGAACCAUAUCGUGGAGCAAUGCCUUGAGGGAGAGAAAGUGUUCAUGCAGCACCCCCAAAAGACCCAGAGAGAGGAGAUGAGCAAUGUAUUUAAGAGAAUGAAAUGUUUUACUGAACAAUAGCUGAAGAUCUGAAAUGAUGAGGAUGUCUUUGGUUCAUGUUAGAGACACGAUCUUGUACUCAGCAAAGGAUGUGUGACUGUUCUAUGUUAACUGUUCUAUUCAGUUCUCAGCAUGUUUGAAUAGAGAGACGUUAAUAUUAACCAAUGACAGACUAGUGUAUUAUUUGUUCAGAGCAUCGCUUCAGAUCUUAUUGAAAUGUCAUUGUUUGCAGAGGAAAACAAAAAGGGUUGAAAACAUCCAACUAGAUAGCCUUAAUGUUGUUUGUGUGGUUUUCUAAUGCAACUGUUUUCCUCUGUGGACCUUCCUGUUUUACAGUGAAUGGGGCAAUAUUUUCUCUGAGGUCUGACAAUUAAUUGUGUGAAGCAUCCAUAUGAAAGUUGUACUGAAACAGCUGACAUGGUUGGCCAAAUUUUGCUUUACUUCUGGUCCCACUCAACUCGUGGAUUGGAAGGGAUGCAAGUCAUUGAGAAAUGCAAUUCAUUCCUAAAAGUAAAUCUGUUCCCAGCCUUGGAGACAGUCUGUAAUCCCCCUAGAAGAGGCUCUGAACUCAGUCUUUUAUGUGGAUCAUAAUUAAAAAUUUUAUCUGACCUAUGAAGUUCCAGGUGUAGUCUGGUGUGCAAAUUUACACACGUAGCAUUGCAUUCAAGCAAACUGGGAGAGCAGCUGAAUAAAUAAAUUGAACUUUCUCUGAAGUGAGCAGAGACAAAGCCUGUGGCUCCAGCACAGCACCAUGGAGAAUUGAGAGAGGUAUACAUCCUGGUCUUUCUUUAAAAUUUAUUUCUGUUGAGAAUUUCUUCAAAAACAAUCCAAAAUAACCCUAAAAUAUUAAAACCAGUUACAAAAUCCCAGCAUUUGAAAUAGGAAAUGUAGGUAAGUAUGGGCAAAUUUCUAGUGUUUACCAUUGGAAAACUCUUCAGUACCCCAAGGCCCAAAGCUGGAAUGUUGCCAUUUUUCAGGCACAUGUUUAGAUCAACAAACAGUCCUGUGGAAUAAGAGCUCUUCAGAAUGCCUUUGGUACCCAGCCAGGCUCUCAGCUGUCAAUGCAGCAAUGACAGUGUACAUCAAUAGAGGAUCACAUCCCAAAUCCGUGCUGCUUGGUGUCCAGCGUGGUGUCACAAAGCUUUGCAGCCUCCAUGUGAUGUGAGCAGUGCUACAGGAUUUAUUCUGCCUCUGAGCGUCCCAGCAGAGUGAGCACUCCCAGCAGAGCAGGUGCCAGGCUCCUUGGCCAGGUGAUUGGGCUGCCAGGUCCCCUGGUCCAGCCUGGGUGCCCCUGGCCAGGCUCUGGCAGCACUGAACUGGCCACCGUGUGGCUGAUCCCAAAGCCACUCAAGUAUCCUCCCAGUUUCAGUUUUGAAAAAAGCAAUGAGUUUUUGGCAUGUGCCAGUGGCCAAGCAUGUGCUCAAUAUGCUCCCAAAUUGAUCUGUUAGCAGUUAAUUCACAUCUCCCUCUCAUGUAAAAUCUGGGUUCCUUUUCCCAGUUUAUCUCCCUGUAGUCUCCUUUUGGGCAUUACUUGAGCAUUUCUUACUCUUACAAGGAAUUCUGAAAAUGAAUACCAAAGAAGAACUCUGAAAGAGUCCUAUCUGCAGUAAAAAAAAUUUGAAGCUUAAAGGAGCAGACCUGCAAUAAAAGCUGGGUUUGAAAGUGAUAUUAAGAUCAAUUGCCUUUCAAUAAAAUGAAAUUUCCCUGUAAACUCUUUACCCUUUGGGAAAACAAUGAGCUUAUAAUGUGAUUUGUUAUCUUGCCAUGAAUUUAAAAUGUUUAUCUUCAAGGAGAUUGGGAAAAAGCAAAUAAUUAGUAUAGAUUUUUCAGUUUUGGUAAUUUAACUUUUCUUUUUUAAAAUUUUAUUUCAGCAGCCUAACAGGUCAAUCAACCCAUUGUUGUAUUGUCUGACACAGUCAUAUUCUCUUUUGUGAUCCAAAAGCUGCAAUGUUAGAUUUCCUUAAAGAGAUCAAGAUUUUAUCUAAAUUUUAUUUUUAAAUAAUUCAUUGAAUAAUAUAGUUAUUUAUGUUGCUGAAAAUAUAAAGUGAUGCAAACUUUUUUUGGUUUUGUACUGCAUUAUUGCUGAAUUUAUAGCACAAUUUUACUUCCUUUGUUUUGAUGUCUACUUACAGGAAAACAACUGACACCCAGUUUUCAGGUUUAGACUUGGCACUUCCAAAUCAUGGUAUCAGGCAGGAUUCCUGUACUUGCCAUAGCAGAGUUCAAAUACGUCACAUGUAUUAGUACAUCACAGGAUAUAGAAAUGAAAAAGCUGCAGCAGCAGUAAAAUUACUAACAAAGUAGGCCUGUGUUUGGUGGUGGAGUUUUUUUUCAUUUGUAUUCCAUGGCAAUCAGAGGAUUGUGCCGUGGGAAUUGGCAGUCUCUUGCAAGAAAUACAGAAUGUAUUAGAGACAGUGGAAAGUCUGCACUGUAACCCAGAACUAGAAGAGCCACAGUGGAGGAGGAAACAAUCAUCCAGUGUCUGCUGCAGGGGGUAAGAGUGCUUUCAUCUUAAUAGUAAAAACCAGUAAUUGUUUACCUUUUGAAAGGUUUACCUGCUAGGAAAGCUGAAUUUAUCAAUGAUCCAACGUGGUAGUGUUUGAUUAAAGGAAAAGGGCAGAAAUGUCCAUUUUUUUCUGUCCCUUGGAACAAAUCUAAUUAUGUUUUGGUUCUGUAUUAUUAAAGCACUGUUUCCAGUGCUUCAGAGACAGAGUGCUCACACCUCACUGACAGCCUGCACUGACUCUGCCUUGCUUGAAAAGAUUUAGCAGCUUCCUCUUUGAUCAACACUCCUGUAAACAAGGAGCAAUUUUCUAAUACCCCACAAGGCUGUUCUUGUGCAAGUUCUCCCAGAUAAAUAAUAAAAGCCCAGCAAGACCACCUAUAAAUCUAUUUUUUUAAUAUAAAAAACUAUAUAUAAUGUUUCAUAGCUGUAAUGGAGAAGAGUCAUUGAUGACUGGAGUAUGUGAACAAAUUAUAGGAUAAAAUGUGUGUCAGUAUUUGUACCACAGCUUUUAAUAACACAUUCUCUGGGCACCAUCAGGAGAUGUACAUGCAGUUUAUAAUUUUGCUGUCCUUAAGGGGGACAUGGUCUGUAGCACAUCACUGCAGUGGCUGGGCACUGAUGUUCCCCUGUCCUUAUUUCUUCAUUGCAAGAGCCACUUCUGUGCUGUCCACGCCUGCCUUGGUCUAACUGAAUUCACUGAAUUUGUGACCAUUCAGCUGCUUUAUUCACAUUCAGUUUUACCUUGCCCUCAGAAUCAAGAGUAUCAGCCUGACAUUUGGGACCCUGAAUAAAUUUAAGGCCUUAAAGAACUUAAUGCACUUAACAUUAGUCUGCUUUGGUUUGACCUGACAGGAAAUCUCUCCCUUGAAGAAGGAUUUAUGCAGCCUGUGCUGCAAGGCUCUUUCCUGCCAUUCCUUCACAUGUGCCACUGCCAGCAUGUCCAGGCUCUGAGUCAGCCACUCUGAGCUCUGCUCCCCAGCAUGGGAACUCCUGUGAGGCGACACCACACUGAUUUUAGUGUACCAAAGAGCAGCAGUCACCUGCAGUGUCCUGAGCUCUAGAGUCAGAUGUGAGUUUCUGCUUCUUACUACCAAAAUAUCUCCAAAGGUUAAGGUCUCUAAUAUGCAUCACAUUGUAUUGUGUAAUAUGAGUAAUGCCAAAGUUCAUAAAAUUAAGAGUUAUGUGGCAAAUACUAUUUUAAAAUGUAUGUCUUGCUUUGAAGGAAUAUGGAGCAAGAGCUCUCAUUUGUGUGAAUAUUUGGAAACAAAAAAAUCAAAUAAUAAUAGAGGAAUAUAUAAUAUUAUUACUAAUAAUCAAUAUUCUAAAAUAAAAAAUAGUUCCUUGCCUUCCCUGAAAUACACAGUAGUAGCUGGAGGUUAUCAAGAUGCAUGAGGGAUGUGAAGAAGACUCAGUGAGGCUGGUUUAUAUGUCCUAUGUCUUUUCUCAGGAAAUGCAGUUUUGGAGUUUCCCUUGCUUAAAUGAAGAUGAUUCUUUCACAACAAGAAAUUCACUCCUAUACACUGCAUACCUCAGCAGAGAGGAGGACAGAAGCACAGCACAGGCUUCACUUUGGCUUUCUGACUCAAGUUGAACUCUCUUGCUUUAGAUCAUCUCUGAUCUAUGCCAGGAAAAAAUAAAUUAAUAUCCAAAAAGAAAAUAAGAGAGACCUAAAUACUUGAUGUAAUUUUUUUAAAAAAUCAACCAGUCGCUAUUAAGACUGGAGCCAUCUGCUGAACUUCAGUGUUCUAGAAAUAGCUUGGGGCAAACAGCAGGUGGGGCAAGCAUCACCACCCUCACCACCCAGCAAGACACACUGGAACACCUGGAGGAUAGGGUAGGGACCUUCUCCUGACUGUGGCACAGCUUUUUCCAUGGGUGAGGAGGGAUAGAUUUUGUGUCAGGCUGGAUCACAGCAUCUGAGAAACUUGCCUUUUGUUUCUUUCUCAGAUCUUUCUCGUUUCAGUGAAAUUGUGGUCAUCAGCAGUAGUUUGUUUUUUAAGUUAGGGACUUCCAAAUUCUGUAAUCCUUUGAAGUGUUUAAUUUAGGAAGCAGAGACUUCCAAAGAAAAAAAAGUAAGAUUUCUGCCAUUUUUAAACCAUUAAAAUACAUGUAUUAUGUUAAUUAACUAUUUUUAAAAAAAAUCAUAUGCUGGAAAUUUAAAUUACAAAUAUUUAUAUUUACAAUAUGCUAAUAGGGGAUGGCUAAGAUCUGUGUUUAUGUUUCUCUCCUCAUCUUGUUGAAGAUGUCCAAACUUGUUGCAGAGGUAUUGGACUAGAUGACCUUCCAACCUGAAUUAUGUUAACUAUGUUCAAGUUAGUUCUUUCAAAUUGCCCACAAAAAGCUGGAUAUUUCCGUGUGUAUCAAUGAUAACUUUGGGUUGUAAAGGUAAAUAAGAUAUUUGGACUACAUAAAAUUUGCAGGUCACACUGUGGUGUUGCACGAGUGGCAGCUGUUUGACUGCAAGCACAGUUUAUGUGAGGCUCCCAAAGGAGGAUGUUUGUGGUGGCUCAGGAGUUGAGCUGCCUGAAAUAAAGGCUGAGUCUCUCUCUGUGCAGUGCUAACCUCCACUCCUUCCCAAAGGUGUCCCACAGGGUGUCUGAGCUCCUCCACCAGUGACUGUGCCAAAAGGCAGGUGUCAGCACUGACUUCUGUGAAGGCUCCUCUCAUUAAAUCAGAAUGAAAUAACAUGAGCUAAAAAUUGAUGGGCUGGAUUCUCCCAGGUAUUGCCAGGUUAUAUGGAGUACCAGCAACAGUGCUGAUUUACCAUCUCUGAGGCUGUGGCCCAUGGUUUGACCUAAUUCAUUAGUUCCCACCACCUGAGCUGGGGCAAUUUAAGCAGAAAUGUCUCUGCCCAUCAGAGUAACUUCAGAGCAUCGUUAACACAGUUUGAUUCCAACUAACCUCUUUUUUUUUGCAGAAGUGAAGCUGCUUCCAAAGUCUUAUAAUUGUCAUUGCUGAUCCAUCUUUGCCAGAGCUGUGGUCACUCAGCUGCAGUUCUGAGUCCAGUUCUACAGAGCAGAGCUGCCUCUGCCAGUUCAAAAUCAUGUAUGUACCAUAGAAUAGUUUGGUUUGGAAGAGACCUUAAGGGAUAUCUAUUUCCAUCCCCCCAGACAGGGACACUUUACCAUGGAUCAGGUCACUCAAAGCCCAUCUAACCUGAAGUUGAAAACUUCCAAGGGAUGGGGCAGCCUCAGCUUCCCUGGGCAGCCUGUGCCAGUGCCCGCCCAUCCUCACAGGGAACAAACAGUACAAGCAGAGCUCUCCAUGCUUGUUCUGCAGCAAUUGUGUGCAUUCAGAUCAUGGCAUGAUCAGGCUGAUCAUUCACAUCACCAGUUUUAUUUAACAAAGCUAUCUCUUAUGUGUAAUUUCCAUGCUGCUUCUCUGGAUGUUACAUAGAGAAGCAUGAAGGCAAAUUCAGCUUGUCUGCAUUUUCACUUCAGAUAACAAUGGUGUGUUUUUUCCAAAGCAGGUCAGGAGACCAGCUCUAAAAUUGUGAGCUACCUGUGGAAAGUGGGGUAAUUCUGUACAGGGUUUGUCCAUGAGGUUUCUUAUCCAAUCUUUAUUCCCAAAAAAACCUCUUUCUUCCAACAGCCCUUAUUCCUGAACUAAAAUCUUAAAGCUGAGACAAUAGAUGUGCUCUGUCUUCUGUGCAGAAGGGACAGGGGUAUAAGGGCUAAUUGCCAAAACCCUUUUCAGCUGAUUCCAUUAGUAUUUGCACAGACAGGUGAUGCAAAAAUGACUCUGUAUGGCUUGGUCACAUGUAUUUGCAGGCUGUGGCAUAUAUAAACUGCUGUAAAUUAUCUGUGGUUUGCAGUAUCUUGGGCAGACUUUCAGAAUGCUCAGGACAGCAUUUGCCGCUCUCCUUGACUUCCAUCUCAGCUUCAUGUGCCUGAUGGAAGUUUCUGUGGCACUGGCAGCAGUGACACCCCCUUGCAGAGGCAUGGGGGCUGCACCAAGUCCCACAUCACCUCUGGACAAGCAGGACACACCUGGAGCCUUGCAGGCAGUGCUCUGGGUGGUGAGGAAGCUUCCCCCAAGCUCAGAUCCUUCAGGCAGGGAAUAGGCUUUACAGUAGGGGAGGCCUCUGGUGCUAAAAAUGAGAAACUCUCCCAACUUGGAAAAACACCCUGGAAAUCACAGUCCUUUUAAACUUCAUACAGAUUGAUAACAAAGCUGUGAUUUUCAUUUCAAUUUCUCUGUAAGUAGUGGAGUAGCUUUGCAUUUCCAUUGAUUUCAAGCUGUCUCUAGGUGGCUUCAGAGAGCAAAGAGAACUCGUCACUGUGGGAAUGACUGUGCUCUGGGAAGGUGCUGUAGCUCAUGGGCAACUUUCCAUCCUUGUGGGCAGGAUCUGGGCACCAGCACAUUGCCUGUCUUCCUUAAUUAGCUGAGAGAAGACCAGGCAGAGCCCUGUGCUCCUCGCUCACUGGCUGCUGAUGAGGUCUGGAGCAAAUCCUUACACUAAAAGCACUUAAAAAUGGAACAGAGGUGAUGGAAAUGUGGUUUGUUCACUGUGAAUAUCCAGCUGGGAUAGUUGGAAUAACUGCAAGGGAAGAGUUGCCUUUGCAAAUCAUGUGCCUGAUUUACUGGUUAGCUUUUCAUUUCUCCCUAUUUAGUCAACAAGGACAUUAAGAUGUCCAGAAAUAAAAGUGGAAUGAUUGGUUGCAGUACUAAUCUUAAUGGUCACAAAUCCAGUAUUUCAGAGUUUUUACUCAGCACUUAGCAAGAAGAGUCAAUCAGGCUUCAUUUAAAUAGAUGAAUUCCUAUUGUAGAGUUAUACCUGAUUCCAUGCUUUCCUUUAUUGGUCACUAGAUCUUUUCUAUACCACAUAAAAUUAUGUUUACCUUAAAACUGAUCUGUAGAUAUGCCUAAAACAGCACCUAAUGUGAACAUCAAGUCAGUGUUCUCAAUUCAUAGGGCGAGUCUUGUGAAAACUUUUUUGCAGCCGAAAGUCUUGAACCAUUCACUGAAGUAAGACAACUAUUUGAUUUCAACACAAUGGAUUUUGUUGUCAAUAAAAUCACUGAUAAACACAUGAGUUGGAUUUGGGACUUGUGAGUAUAUAUAUAUGUAAAGCUACAUACACAAACUUUCUUUUAGAUCACAGAAAGGAAUGCUCCAACUUAAAGUUUAUUCAUCUAAAUAGCUGGAGAAAAUAUCCACUUAAUCACAUAGUCUAAACACAUUGAAGUAGGGGGAAAAAAGGUGUUCAUUUUCACCUGUGUUUAUUUUUUCACCAGUAAAAACAAAUAAAAAGAGAAGAAAAAUAAUCAUAGUGCCUAUGACAAAGAUUGUGUUUCAAGGAGUGUGCAAUGUGUACCAUGAUUACUUUAACUGCAAAUGGAAGCUGCUUUUAGACUGAGUGUGGUUGAAAGGAAAUAUCCUCAGAAAAACUGUCACGCAGAAUCCCAGGAAAUGUUUUGGUUCAGUAUGUUUGGCCUCCAUUUUUGUGGAGCUGUACAUUCCUGUCCAUGGUUCUAAAGGAUAAAAAAAGAACUUAUUUCAGAA